AUGGCGAAGAAUAUAGCGUUUUCGACUAACAAGGAGCUUGCGCUUUAUGUUUUACUGGCGUUUUUGGUGUUACAGUUUCCGUGUACGAUGUCUCUCAGCGACGAAGGGAAAGCAUUAAUAUCUAUUAAGGCGUCGUUUAGCAAUGUCGUUAAUGUGUUACUGGAUUGGGACGAAGAUCAGAACGAUGAUUUCUGUUCUUGGAGAGGGAUUCUGUGUGACAAUAUCAGCACGACUGUCGUUGCUUUGAAUCUGUCAAAUUUAGAUCUUGGUGGGGAAAUUUCUCCCUCGAUCGGGGACUUGAGGAAUCUGCAGUCUGUAGAUUUGCAGGGAAAUAAGCUUACUGGUCAAAUACCGGAUGAAAUUGGCAGCUGUGUUUCUCUAGAGCUACUCGACUUGUCUGACAAUAUGCUGUACGGGGAUAUACCCUUCUCCAUUUCUAAGCUGAAGCAGCUUGAACUCUUAAACCUGAAGAACAACCAAAUCACAGGUCCCAUCCCCACAACAUUAACUCAAAUUCCUAAUCUUAAGACACUUGAUUUGGCUCAAAAUCAGCUGACGGGUGUGAUACCAAGAUUGAUAUACUGGAACGAAGUAUUGCAGUAUCUUGGCUUGCGAGGCAAUUCCUUAACUGGCACUCUGUCUGCUGAUAUGUGCCAGUUGACUGGCCUUUGGUAUUUUGAUGUUCGGGGGAAUAACUUAACUGGCACCAUUCCAGACAGCAUUGGUAACUGUACAAGCUUUGAGAUAUUAGACAUCUCUUACAAUCAGAUCACUGGUGAAAUCCCAUACAAUAUUGGGUUUCUACAAGUGGCUACCUUAUCUCUUCAGGGUAACAAGCUGACAGGAAAAAUUCCAGAAGUCAUUGGUCUUAUGCAAGCACUUGCUGUUUUGGAUCUAAGCGAGAAUGAACUAGUUGGAUCAAUUCCUCCAAUCUUUGGCAACUUAUCUUUCACUGGGAAACUGUACCUUCAUGGGAAUCGACUCACAGGGCCUAUUCCACCAGAGCUUGGCAACAUGACUAAGCUUAGCUAUUUGCAGUUAAACAAUAACCAACUGACUGGUGGUAUUCCUGCUGAACUAGGGAAUCUGGAUCAGCUUUUUGAACUGAACCUUGCACGCAACAAUCUUGAGGGACCUAUACCUGAACGCAUCAGUUCUUGCACUGCUUUAAAUCAACUCAAUGUGCAUGGAAACUUCCUGAACGGCUCCAUUCCCUCAGGCUUCCGCAAUUUAGAGAGCCUAACUUAUUUAAAUCUUUCAUCGAAUAAAUUUAAGGGAACUAUACCGUUUCAGCUGGGGAGGAUAGUUAAUCUAGAUACAUUGGAUCUUUCAAGCAAUCAUUUCUCUGGACCUGUUCCUGCAUCUAUUGGAGAUUUGGAGCAUCUUCUUUCUCUGAAUUUGAGCCGUAAUCACCUUGAGGGUCCAAUACCUCAGGAAUUUGGGAAUCUCAGAAGUGUCCAAAUUAUUGACAUGUCAUUCAACAAGCUCCAUGAGGCCAUACCAGCAGAGAUGGGCCAGUUGCAGAACAUCAUAUCUCUAAUCAUUAAUGAUAACAAUCUGAAUGGAGAGAUCCCUAACCAAUUAUCCAAUUGUUUCAGCCUUGCUAACCUCAAUAUUUCUUACAACAACAUUUCUGGCGUGCUGCCUCCUGGUCGAAUUUUUUCCCGGUUUGCACCAGAUAGCUUUCUUGGAAAUCCAUUGUUAUGUGGGAACUGGUUAGGUUCCAUAUGUGACCCAUAUUCACCAAAACCAAGAGCUCGGUUCUCCGGGACAGCCAUUGUUUGCAUGACAUUAGGCUUUGUGAUACUACUUGCCAUGGUCGCAUUGGCUAUUUUAAAAUCAAACAAAUCUCGGCAGUAUAUAAAGGAACCAAGCAAGGGAUUGCAAGGCCCUCCGAAACUUGUAGUCCUUCACAUGGAUAUGGCAAUUCAUACAUAUGAUGAUAUCUUGCGAAUCACCGAGAAUUUCAACGAGAAGUAUAUUAUUGGAUAUGGUUCUUCAAGCACUGUUUACAAGUGCGCUUUAAAGAAUUCCCGGCCUAUUGCAAUCAAGCGGCUUUACACACAGUACCAGCACAACUUUCAAGAGUUUGAGACCGAACUUGAGACGAUUGGCAGCAUCAGGCACAGAAACCUUGUUAGUUUGCAUGGCUAUUCCCUAUCACCCACUGGAAACCUCCUCUUCUAUGACUACAUGCAAAAUGGUUCUCUUUGGGAUCUUCUUCAUGGACCAUCGAAGAAGGUGAAACUUGAUUGGGAAACUCGUCAUAAGAUUGCAGUUGGGGCUGCUCAAGGGUUAGCUUAUCUUCACCAUGAUUGCAGCCCUAGAAUCAUUCACAGAGAUGUGAAAUCAUCAAAUAUAUUACUGGAUGAGAAUUUUGUGGCUCAUCUCUCUGAUUUUGGGAUAGCAAAGUCUCUCCCAACCACAAAAACUUAUGCAUCAACGUACGUUCUUGGGACAAUUGGAUACAUAGACCCUGAGUAUGCGAGGACGUCUCGACUUACUGAAAAAUCAGAUGUUUAUAGUUUUGGUAUCGUUCUGUUGGAGCUACUGACAGGGAAGAAAGCGGUUGACAACGAGUCUAAUUUGCAUCAACUGAUAUUGUUGAAGGCAGAUGAUAAUACGGUGAUGGAAGCUGUUGAUCCAGAAGUUUCUGUUACAUGUAUGGAUCUAUCUCAUGUUCGAAAGACCUUUCAGCUGGCAUUGUUAUGCACAAGAAAACAGCCAUCUGAGCGACCGACAAUGCAUGAGGUUGCACGAAUCCUGCAGUCGUUGUUGCCAGCUGCUCCAGUUACAAAAAAUUUGGCACCUGAGAAAGAGAAAGGCAUGGGAUAUACACAGUUUGUGAUGGGAGGAGAUAAGCAGCAGCAGCAGCAGCAGGGGGUUGAGAAUUCAUCUGAUGCUCAGUGGUUUUUCAGGUUCCGUGAACUCGUGUCUAAUAAUACGUUUUAGUUGUAUUAGUGGUAU